CCCGGGAGAUUUAAGUUGCACCUCGCUAGGGACGUCCUGUGCUUAACUUAGUACCUGGAGGAAUUAACCUGGAUACUAGCAUGUUUUAGACGUUUCUUUUUCCUUGCUUUUUUCUCGUGUAUUAUACAGACUUUUCCCUCUUAGCUAGUCUUCCGCUGGAGAUGGAACACUUGCCUUGGGUGUGGCAGAUGCUGGGGCGUGGCAGUAUCUGCUUCCCCAGGAAGGAGCUGUGCGAAGAGUCUUUGACCUCUAGGAUAGAGAUGGUGAGUGUGGGAGUCAGCACUGAGCCCUACCAUGCCAGGUGGGAGGUAGAGACAGAUGAAAUUGUCCUACAGCGGCGGCAAAAGCAGAUAGAUUAUGGCAAGCGCACACCUGGUUACCAGUGCUUUCUGAAGCAGGUCCCCAAGGCACAACGACAGCCGGGACUUCAUCCUCAAACACCAAACAAAAACAGAAGGUACAGCCGCCGCUCCUGGGAUGCCCAGAUCAGGCAGUGGAGAAGAGCACUACAUUCCUGGGACCCCCCUAGUCAGCCUCUGCAGGGCAAGGGGGCUGAGGGGCAGGGAAUGGAGAGUCUCUUAGAACCAAUGGAUUCCACCCCUUUGGAUGAUCUUCUGGAUUACUGGCUCCAGCCCCUGGAACCCUCAGAGAAUCUGGAUGGAGACCAGAAGGGAGGCCAGUUUGUAGACUUGGUGGCUCCUGACUCCUCCCUUCCCUGGCUCUGUGAAGAUGACACACACUGGUUUUACUUUCUAACUAAUCACAGUUACUUAUCUGUCCCAGACCUGAAUGGGGGACAAAAUAUUUAGGGAAAAGAGAUAUCUUUCAGGGGACUUGUUGCUUAGUAGUGAGAAUUUACUUGCAUGACUGCUAUUUUCCAACUGAUUAAAAAUUAAAUAUAAAAUCCUGCCCUACAAAGAGAUCACAACACGAAUGCAUUGUUUGUUUAAAACCUCUUCUUUUCCAUGUUUUGCCUAUCUCUCUAAACCUUCUUUGGUAGAUGAGACUCAAAUUUACAUAAGAACCAGAAACCAUCUAGUUGUUUCCCAACCUCUUCAUCUACUAACGUCUUCGUCCACAUUCAGUCUCUUCAAAAAGGACUUAAACUUUGGCUGAGGUGGGAGGUAGUGGCAAUGAUGGCAAUUUAAUAAAAGGUGAUUUAUUCUACCUGAAAAG